GCUUUGAAGGGGUAAAGAAUAAAUCCAGCAGUUAAGCUAAAAGAUUUUCGUUUGGGAGGGGUGAAUCGUGCAGUAAAUGACCUCAGUUGGGGUUUUAUGUCGAAUAAAGGAAAAAAUUAUUCUGACCAUUAUCCUUUGGCAGUUGUCUCUUUCUAGUAUUAAAGUCCAUAAGAGGGAUAUAUUAUUUCUUAUGCCGCUGCUGAUAGUUUAUGGAGCUCCUUCCAGUGAUUCAUGAUCAUUAUAGUUAGUAUUCUUUUUCAGUCUCUGGGUAUUUUCAUCAUAGGAUAAUUUGUCUCUUUCAUUUUGUUUUCCUGGUUUUUUGAGCGCCUUAAAGAGUCUGCACUUUGAUUUGCAAGUCCUCCAACAAUGCCCACUGUCAACCUCUCAUAAUGGCAGGCAGUAAAAGAAAUUGUGCCAUAGCUUUUUAACUGUAGGUGGUGGGUUAAAGCAGAAAAAUAAAAGUAAAUAUGCAAUCUGGUAUGGAGUAUCAUGGUUCUGCACCGGAUCAGAUUCAACAGUUUGUGGUUGGUAGAGGAGUAGUUCACAUCCCUUCUCUGAUGUUUGGUACCCUCAGUAACCCACAUGGAAAUUUUCCCUCACAAGCCAAGCAAGCGAUCCAGCAGCAAGGUUUUCAAGCUUUUGAUCCAGUAGAAAAUCCCAAUUGUUCUACUGCUAAUAUAAAACAAAAGAUUCAUGUUGCUCAAGAAGGAUGUACAGAUGAGGAUGUUAGUGCAGUUGGAGAUCCUGGUGACAAAAAUUCAGAGGCCAACAGAUGGCCACGGGAAGAAACUCUUGCACUCUUGAGAAUUCGUGCAGACAUGGAUGCCAAUUUGAAGGAUUCAACUGUAAAAGGACCAGUCUGGGAAACGGUCUCCCGUAAGCUUGCAGAGCUUGGAUUCUACAGAAGCGCAAAAAAAUGCAAGGAAAAAUUCGAGAAUGUGAACAAAUACUACAAGAAGACCAAGGACGGAAGAAUCAAUAGACAGGAUGGAAAAGCCUAUAGAUUCUGUAGUGAGCUUGAAGCUCUUCACGCAGCAACUUCAGCUAAAAACAGUGGUAUUGACAAUCCCAUCAAUGGUCUGGCUAGUAAUGAAAAUAUAAUCUACAACAAAAAUAAUCCUGGCAACUCUACUUCUGUACAGAUAGAGGAAAUUAGUAGACAAGCACAAAAAACAACCCUGCAAAGCUCUUCCGAAACAGGUUACAAUAGUAGACAGAAUAUGUCAUCCGAUGACACUUCAGUCGAAAAACUGGGAGAACCCAAUUCGGAUGAACAUGAUAACGUGAAAAAGAGAAAGCGGAAGCAAAAAAUGGGUACUAUGAAGGCAUUCCUUGAGAACAUGGUACAACAAGUAUUGGAGCACCAGGAGACUUUACAGCAGAAAUUGUUGGAAGCAAUAGAGAAAAGAGAUGAUGAUAGGCUGAAAAGGGAAGAAUCUUGGAAAAGGCAAGAAAUGGCUAGAUUAAACAGGCAAACUGAGCAACGUGCACAGGAGCAUGCUCUUCAAUCAAGUAGGGAGAAAGCGAUUAUUUCAUUUUUGAACAAGUUUACAGGCGAAAAUUUUAAGCUGGAUCCUCAGGCAGUGGCAAAAUCAUCAGGUCCAAAUGUUCAGGAAGAUGGAAAGUACACAGAUGUUAGGGAAUCCAGUGACCCACGUUGUAAAAGAUGGCCUAAAUCUGAAGUAUAUGCUUUGAUUCAAUUGAGAAGUGAGAUGGAACAAAGGUUCAAGGAAUCAGGACCUAAGGUAGCAUUAUGGGAAGAAAUUUCAUCAGCAAUGGCAAUCAUGGGUCUCAAUAGAAGUGCAAAGAGAUGCAAAGAAAAAUGGGAGAAUAUCAACAAAUACUUCAGGAAAACCAAAGGUAGCUUUAAAAAGAGGCCACUGAACACAAAGACAUGUCCCUAUUUCCACCAGUUGGACACAUUGUAUAGGAAAGGGCUUCUCCUAUCUCCAGGAAAUGCUAAGUUUGAGAAUAACCUGGACAAUCAUAAUUCCAAUUCAGGGGCCUUAGCAAACAUCCAUAAGGAUGAUCAUCAAGGAAAAUCCAAUGAAGUCCAGAUUAAUAACCAGGACUCAGGACUAUUAAGCAUAAUUCCUUCACCCAACCAAGCAUCAAUACCAACAACUAAUACUGCUAGUGAGUCAAUGGAGUUUCUAGCUCAGAAGAAAAUGAAAUGGAACAAUAAUUUCAUUGAUACAAUGGACAAUCAAACAGCUGCCUUGAAGUCAAGACCUGUUGAUGAGUUUUCUCUUAGCAAUAUGAGAAACACUCAUAGUAGGAGAUUCAAGAUGGAUGGUCUAGAUAAGGAUAAUUCAAGAAGGCCACAGAUUCAACAACACAUAUUUUUCAAUGGGUUUGACAGAAGAGACCAAGAAGGAGACCUCACAGACCUUGAAGGAAACCAUCAGCAGCACCAACAACAAAAGAUUCAGAUAAAUCAAGUCCUUCAACCCGCAGAAGAACAGCAUUCACAUGCCAAUGUUUCACAAUCUGCAUUGAUGGCAUUGGUUCAUAAACUGUCUGCCAGUUAUCCCAUCUGUCCUCCUGCCACAGAGUAACCCAACCUACUCAAUACCACUUAAACUUGCAACAGUUCCACAUGUUGGGAGCAUCAUCACUAUGUAUGGAAACUGCCAUGUCAUGCAUAGAUCUAUAAACAGAAGAAAAAGCAAUUAUUCCACUGUAGAAGAGCUUAGAAUCUUAAUCAAGGACACUGCAAUGGAAAACCAAAAAAACCCAGUACCCACUCUAUGCCUCUCCUUUAUAAUAGCACAUUAGUUUCUAGCUGGAGUCUGCAAUAGGACAUUGAGAGUAGGAACUAUAUUGUCUUUCAAUAUAAGGAUAUGAUUUCUUGUGUGUAUUUUGAUACACUGUAAUCUUUUCUCGUUUUAUUUGGUUAAGAUAUGUGUAGUAUUAUCUAUGCUGCUCUCUUCAGUAUGAUCGGCAGGCGAUGAGUUCAAAAGUAUUGGUCUUGAAUCCAUGAUUAUAGCUUUGGAAUACAAUAAAAUUUCAAUGAUUUUAUCUAUAA